AUCUCCAACAUGAAAUACACUUUGAUUGCUCUUGCCCUCUUUGCGGCCUCAGCUGCUGCGGCCUCUUCCGCUGGACAGUUUGUGCCGCGCGCAUUCUUCACCUUGGACUCCGAGGGCCACCAGUCCGAUGUGCAUCCCGUCAAUGCCCGUCUGCUGAGGCGUCUGCGUCGUCAGGUGUUCAGCUCUUCGUCCUCGUCUUCGUCGUCCUCCUCCUCCGGCAACGGCGGCAGCGUCACCUUCGCCUCCCACUCCAUUCAGAAUCCCGAUGGCUCCGGCCACAGCGGCUCCUCCUACACCCAGCAGGCGGCUCCAGUCUCCCAGGGCGUGAACCUUGAGAGCCGUUUCGGUGAGGACACCGGGGCCUACAAUCCCUCAUACAACGCUGCCGGCAGCUACGGCGCUGGUCUGACCAGCAAUCUCGGAUACGGCAGCACCAUCGGCACCCAGUCGUACGGCAGCAGCGUGCCCGCUACCCACAUCCAGCAGACAAUCAGCAGCUUUGACGCCUCCGGCAACCAGAAGGUGACCACCCUCCAGGGUGCCACCGAUCAGAGCGGCGUCCUCAACGUGAAGAAGACGGAGAUCCAGUAUCCCGCUAACUAAGGGGAGACUCCUGAAUCUAGAGUAUACUCGUACAUAUUCGAGUGUGUUAGCUGCAGAAGGGGAAGCCGAAGUACUCGUAGAGUAAACGAUUAAUAAAGUAAAUUAAAUUAAAUAAUAAAGUAAAACAUUCAUUUGCCGAAUA